CCUUGCUUAUCAUAUACAUUCAUCCUUCCUUCCUCUCUUCAACUUCUAAGCUAAGACUCAACAAAUAAACAGCUCAAAACAAAAGUCUUCCUCUUCUACACUUCAUCUCCCUCUUCUCUUCCAGAGACUCCCAAAAAUGAGUGCCUUUUCACACUAAUCACUAAAGUAGUCCAGAAGUAAGAGCUUCUUUCAAGAAUUGUGUCUUCCCACUUUCAACUCAACCCAGGAAUCAUGAGUGAUAAUAGUCUUAAGUUCCUUCAUAUAUUGUUUCCUCUGUUUUUCCUCUGUUUCUCAUCACAUUUCUCUGCAACAAAAUCAGACGAGCUUCAAAUCUUACUCAAACUAAAAUCAUCUUUUGAAAAAUCAAAUGUUUUUGAUACCUGGGUUUCUGGUUCUUCAUCUUCUCCGUGUAAUUUCACUGGAAUUCAUUGCAACUCCAACCAAAAUGUCACAGAAAUUUCACUCUCGAGUAACAAGCUUGUCGGUUCUCUCCCACUCGAUUCCAUCUGUCAGCUUCAGUUCCUCGAGAAACUCGAUUUUGGUAUAAACUCAUUAUCUGGUUCUGUCUCUGAAGAUUUGCAGAGUUGUAGUAAGUUGACUCACUUAGAUCUUUCUGGUAACUCAUUUACUGGUUCAUUUCCAGAAUUCUCAGCUCUUACAGAACUAACUUUCUUGAAUUUGAAUAUGAGUGGGUUCUCUGGUUCAUUUCCAUGGUCUUCUCUAAACAACUUGACUAACCUCGAGUUCUUAAGCGUCGGUGAUAAUCCUUUCGACAGAGCUCCGUUCCCUGUGGGAGUAUUGAAUCUUAAGAAAGUUUACUGGUUAUAUUUAACAAAUACUAGUAUCGGAGGAAGAAUCCCGGACGAAAUCGGAAAUCUUCUGGAAUUGGAGAAUUUGGAACUUUCAUCCAAUAACUUACACGGAGAAAUUCCAGCUGAGAUAGUGAAUCUGAAGAACUUAUGGCAACUUGAACUGUUUGGUAAUCAUCUGAACGGAAGUUUACCGUUCGGCUUUAGAAAUCUAACUAAUCUCAAGAACUUCGACGCGUCGGCGAAUGAACUGGAAGGUGAUAUUUCGGAAUUGAAGUUUCUGAAUAAUUUAGUUACUUUACAAUUGUUCGAGAACAACUUUUCAGGUGAAAUUCCGGAAGAAUUUGGUGAUUUCAGGUAUCUGGUAAAUCUAUCUCUAUAUACGAAUAAAUUUACGGGUACUUUACCGCAAAGUCUUGGUUCUUGUUCUGAUUUUGAUUUCAUUGAUGCAUCUACAAAUUCAUUAAGUGGUCCAAUCCCACCAAAUAUGUGCAAGAAUGGUAAAAUGACAGCAUUACUUGUACUCGAAAAUAAUUUCACUGGUGGAAUUCCGGAUACCUAUGCUUCUUGUACUUCAAUGAAUCGAUUUCGUGUAAGUAAUAAUUCACUUACCGGUGUAAUUCCAGCUGGGUUUUGGGGAUUACCGAAUUUGGAUUUCCUUGAUCUUGCUAUGAAUCAGUUCCAAGGUCCGGUUACACGUGAUAUCGGCAACGCCAAGUUACUCACUCAGUUAAUUCUCAACAACAAUAGAUUUUCCGGAGAAUUACCUUCAGAAAUCACCAAAGUUUCAAAGUUAGGAGUACUGGAUUUAAGCUUCAACCAAUUAGAAGGUGAAAUUCCGUCUAGUAUCGGGGAACUAAAGAAACUUGCUAAUUUGUUUUUACAAGAAAAUAUGAUCAUCGGUGAAAUUCCAAGUUCGAUAGGUUCUUGUCGAUCACUAAACAAUAUUGAUUUGGCGGGAAAUUCUCUUUCGGGUGCAAUUCCGUCAAGCAUGGGUUCAUUACCUUCAUUGAUAUAUUUAAAUCUUUCGGGAAACAAACUUUCAGGCGAAAUUCCGUCGAGUUUAUCAUCAUUGAAGUUCAGUCUGUUUGACUUGACGAAUAAUUUAUUAUCCGGUCGAAUACCCGAUGGCCUCUCUACUCAAGCAUACAAAGGAAGUUAUUCUGGUAACCCGAAUCUAUGCAGUUCAGAUGCUGAUUUCUUAAGGCCAUGUUCUUCGGGUUCUGGCACUUCGGCUCAAACCCGAACAAUUAUGUCUUGUUUCCUUGCUGGGAUCACUUUGCUACUCGUCUCCCUGGCUUGUUUCAUCUUCGUUAAAAGAAGGUCGGGUAAAGAUGAUGAUCGGUCGCUAAAAUCAGAUUCUUGGGACUUAAAAUCCUUCCAUGUGUUGACGUUCACGGAGCAAGAAGUCUUAAAUUGCAUUAAACAAGAGAAUGUGAUCGGAAAGGGUGGCUCUGGGAACGUUUAUAAAGUCUCACUGGAUAACGGAAACAUCGAGCUCGCUGUGAAGCAUAUCUGGAAAGCAGAUUCCAUGGGUGGUCGAAGAAGUAGUACUUCAAUGUUAAUGAAGCGUUCAGGAAACAUGCCAGAGUUCGACGCGGAAGUAGCAACCUUGAGUUCGAUACGACACAUAAAUGUGGUGAAACUGUAUUGCAGUAUUACCAGUGAGGAUUCAAGUCUUUUAGUGUAUGAAUAUCUACCUAAUGGGAGUUUAUGGGAUCGGUUGCAUACGUGCCGAAAGAUGGAGCUUGAUUGGGAAACAAGAUAUGAUAUUGCAAUUGGUGCUGCCAAAGGCUUAGAGUACCUGCAUCACGGUUGUGACAGACCAGUUAUACAUCGAGAUGUUAAGUCCAGUAAUAUCCUCUUGGACGAGUUUUUCAAGCCUCGAAUUGCUGAUUUCGGGUUGGCGAAAAUUGUUCAGGCUAAUGCUCCCAAGGAUUCUACUCAUGUCAUUGCCGGAACCCAUGGAUAUAUUGCUCCAGAAUAUGCAUACACGUACAAGGUGAACGAGAAGAGUGAUGUGUACAGCUUUGGAGUUGUAUUAAUGGAACUUGUAACCGGAAAACGACCGAUCGAGCCAGAAUACGGAGACAACAAAGAUAUCGUUUACUGGAUAUCAAAUAAAAUGACUAGUAAAGAAAGUGUCAUGGAUGUUAUAGAUUCAAGUAUCCCGGAACCUAUCAGAGAAGAUGCAGUGAAAGUUUUGAGAAUUGCUGUUUUGUGUACGGCUAGACUUCCUUCAUUGAGACCUUCUAUGAGAACUGUUGUUCAAAUGCUUGAGGACGUCGAACCGCCUUGCAGAUUGGUGAGUAUCAAAAUCGGCAAAGAUGUCGAUACCGAUUCAAUCAAGAAAUCAUUAUCAAGAAAAGAUUCAAUCAAGAAAGAGAACUUAUUUUAGUUUGGAGAUCAAAAGUUCACAGCAUUGUCUAUUAGAGGAACGGGCCGGGGUCAGGGAACUAGACGAUCAAAGAAGAUCGUUCGUCUGUAACCAAAUAGAUUGAGAAGAUGAGGGGAUGUUGCUUAAAAUGCUCCCUCUUUGUAUUAUAGUUAAAUUGUAUUGUAAUUACAUUAGGUUUGUGUUUAUGUCAUAUGUAAGUAAGCUUUUUGUCGCGUUUAAUGCAAUAAUAUGAAAUCCUUAAGCAGUCUUCUACCA